AAAUUCAUGUACUAUAUAAAUUAAACAUACAAAUCAGUAGUGCAGGAUACAUUUUUUUUUUUCCCCCAGAUUUUUUAAGUCAUGGAAAGGUAAAUCUUGUCUUGUGCAGCUAUCUGAACCAUCCCCAUUUAUCACACUGCCCUGCUGGUUGCUCAGUAGCACUUUAGAAAUGUGGAUAAAAGUGUAUUUGGUUGAGAAAAGGAAAAAUGCUAACACAGUUGUGUAUAUUACCUGACAAAAAUUUAUUCUAUAUAGUCUUAAAACCUAUCUUACCUUUUAAGAAUUGGGGAAUUUCUAGUAUUAAAGGAAAUUUUUUGUUAUUUUUAAAUGUGAGUAAAUAUAUUUUGAGGCAGUGCUUGCUAUUAUUGUCAACAGCUUUUCAUGAUUCCCUCGUUCCAUAAACCUAUUUAAAAAAGAUGUAAACAUGUUUUCUCCAAGCUUGUCAGGCCUAUUCUUUGGUUGAUUCUUGGAGUAAGUCAAUUAAAUAGAUUAAAUGUUCCUUCUUUGCUUGACUGGUUGUGUAUACUUUUUAAAGGAUCCCUAGAAGCAGAGCUAUAAGCAGUGUUUAGAUACCCAAGCUAGUCCACAAAAAUUCUCAAGUCAUAUGUAGGCCAAAGUGCAUAACUUUGUGGUAAGAAUAGAAAAAUAUUUAUUUUCUUGUAAUUCAAAAUUUCAGUAGUUUAUUUUUAAUGAAAGUAUUUAAAGUAGACGUUGCCAAGCCUUUUUUGUUAAGAUGCAGGUAAUAUUUUAAGCUUUGAGGGCCAUAUGGUCUCUGUCACAGUUACUUAAGUCUGUUGUUACAGCAAUGAAGAUAGCCAAAGAUAAUACCUAAUAGAUGAUAGUUGCAGCUGUGUUCCAGUGUUUCAACAGAACUUUAUUUACGAUAACAGGUGGCAAGCUGGAUUUGGCCUGUAGGCCACAGUUGUUGACCUUUGGCUCAAAAUGAAAAUUACAGGCUCAAUAGGAAGAGAUGAUGACUGAUUUGUAUAAAUUCUGGAAAGCGUUUCUGGAAUGGAUCCUUUCAGAUUUCAGAGGUGGAUUUUAUUGUAUUUUUUUUUUUUUUUUUUGUAAUAUUGAAAUCCCUACUUGUUAAACAUGGUAGUUCUUUUGGUUCACAAAUAAAACAUUUUCCAGAGGAAAAUAUCUUCACAUUUUCACAAAACCAAGACCUGUAAGGAGGGACCUGUUAGAUAGUUUUCUCCCUUGGUCAUGAGGCACCAAUACCCAGAAUAACUUCGUUGAUGUUCCGAUGUUCAGGGCUGUCUCUGGGAGGAUUAGAGGAAGGUUAGGUAGUAUUGGCUAUCCAUAGAUAUUUGGCUUUUGUAGUAUAAGGUUUUAUAAUCAAUUUAGUUAUAAAAUGAAAACAAUGCAAAGUGGGUAAAGCAAAUAGGCCACUUUAAUUAGGGAUUGUAAACCAGAUGUUCUGUUUAAAUAAAUAAUGUAUUUUAAAUUGGUCAACUAAUUCCAAAAGGAAGGAAUACAGCUCAUUCAAUUGCUAAGUAAAAUAUAUUCUAAGUAUAAAUGAUGUCCAGAAUCUGAUGCUUUCUCCACAAACUUGACCUAACAAAAAUAACACACAUACCAUAAUCCCUUUCCCUCAUAGUAACAAUUUUCCUCUAUAUGUGUCCUGGGGGCAGCAGGGGAUAAGAUGGUUAGAUAGCAUCACCGACUCAACAUGAAUUUGAGCAAACUCUGGGAGAUAGUGAAGUAUAGAGGAGUCUGGUGUGCUGCAGUCUAUGGGGUCACAAAGAGUCGGACACAGUGACUGAACAACAACCUUUUGAAAUCUAGAAUGCCUCAUAAAGAUGUAUUUUCCUAAUUGAUGCCAGAAUAAUCAUUCCCAAAAUAUAAAUUGAAUGUCUUUAUUAAUGGUUGGUAGGGGAAGUGAAUGAAAACACAAAAGGGUAAUUCUUCAUUCCUGGGUGCACAUGGUGGGCCUUUUAUGCUCAACAAAUUCAAGUUGGAUUUCAUAUUGCAUGAACAUUGUAAGGGAGCCACAAUUAUGAGUGCCAACUUGAUUAAUAUGCAGUGUCAAGUCUUAUAUUCUUAAAUAAGACUUUAUAAUUUCUUUAUAAAAAGGCUCAAAUCAAUUUAACCUGCAAUUAUCUCUGUGCUUUGAUUCAGACUGUCUAAGCUGAGCUUAAUGAAACAAGCAAGAUAUUCAGGCAAGAUAUUUUCACUGAAGUUUUUUGUAAAGGGCAAUUAACUGCAAAAAGAACUUGUUUUUUAACUGAAAAGAUACCAACAGUUUAAAGCAUAAAGUGAAUCAAGAAGCCACGUCAUCAACCAAGAAGUUUGAAGACAGAGAAGAUAUGAAAUAUUCAAGGAGAGUGUAAGUAUGAAUGGAUGAAGAAAACACCUAAGAAUUGCUGGGAAGUAUAAUCCAUUUCAAGUGAAAUCCAUUUCAGGGUUUUCAUGAACUGAAAAUGAGAAAAGACAUCACAAAUGUGUAUUUUCCUUUAGUCACAUAGGAACUCAGGGCUAGACAAAUUUAGAUAAGAAUUUUAUUAUUUAUUUAUGCAUGUAUUUAUGUAUUUGACAUUAAAUUUAUGUAUUUAUUUAUGUAUGUAUUUAUGUAUUUAUUUAUUGUUGCAGCAUGUGGGAUCUUUAGUUGCAGCAUGCAGGAUUUAAUUACAUAACCAGGUGUCCAGCCUCAGCUGCUUUCAUUGGGAAUGCAGAGUCUUAGCCACUGAACCACCAAAGAAGUCCCUAGAUGGGAGUUUUAAAUGUAACUAAGUCUAUGGUUUAGGCAGACAAGUAAGAAAAGGAAUAGGGGCCAACUUAUUGUAGGUGUAUGCAUGGGAGUGAUAAUCAUUAACUGUGGAAUUUAAUCUAGUUAUGUAGGGAAGUGAGAACACAGAGUGGGGUGGUCAAUGUCACUGAAAGGUGGCAGAAUUAAUGGACUGUAGGUGUAAAGAAUUAGAAGGAUUUUUGGAGUUUUGUGAUGAAUAAGUUAAAAUAUGAGAGAUGGUGUUCAAAAGUAUGUUUGAAAUUGAUAUUAGGAAGGGAUUUCAGUUAUUAUUAAAGGCUAGUUGUAUCAUGUGAAUCAUGUUGGUGAGAGGCAGGAUGUAGGCUGGAGGCAAGGUCACUGGAGGAGGUUCAUCUCCACCAGGAAGAAAAUAAAUCUUGGUUUGUAAGAGUUGAAACCAUUAAGUCUAUCUUUGAAGGAAAAGGGAUUAUUUGUAAGGAAGUUGGUAGAUUUCUACCCAAAGGCUCUCGAUCUAAUAGGAAGACUGAGAGUGUUUCAGUUAAUCUAAGAUCUUGGGGGAAGAAUCUGGAUUUGGGCAACACUGGUGCCAAGGCCCUGCGUGUUGCUGGGCAACUGAGAAAAGCUGCCCAGCCUAGUUCUGGUCUUUGGCUCACUUCCUGUCUGCGACCCACUUCGGGUCUCUGGUCGCUUUGACUCCAGCGUUGUGGGGGAGGAUCUGGCCAGAGGGGUCUGUGAGCCAGAGCCUCAGGGCCCAGAGGUAGGUGGGGCAGUUAGGAGUUCCAGGACUUCCUGGUCACACUUAAGGGCUGCCUCCUGCACCGCCAUGAAGAAGCUUUUCACCUUACCGAGAAGGAAGGAUAAGCCCCGCUGUUCCUGCUCACCCCUGCUUGUAGGCAGAUGGGCCAGUAUUGGUCUCCUCGCCCAAUCAGGCUACACCCUUCGAGAUAAGAAUUUAAAGAAACUUCACAGAGCUGCCUCAGUCCGGGAUUUAGAGACGGUGAAGGAGUAUCUUCAGCUCAAGAAGCAUGAUGUGAACAUAUGGGACAGAGAACUCAGAACACCUUUGCACCUGGUCUGUGCUAAUGGAUAUUCAAAUAUUGUCUCUCUUUUAACUGAGAAACAGUGCAAAAUAAAUGCCUGGGAUGGUGAAAACAGAUCUCCAUUGACUAGGGCAGUACCAUGUGACAAGGAGAGUUGUGCUACUGUUCUUCUAGAACACAGUGCAGACCCCAAUCUGGUGGAUUUAGAUGGUACCACUGCUCUUCAUUAUGCUGCCUGUUGUCAAAGUGUCUCAUUAGCUGCAAAACUGCUGAAACACAAAGCUAACCUUAAGGCUCAACAUAAGGAUGGGUUUACUCCUCUACUUGCUGUUACUGAAAAUAAUGCAGAAAUGGUAGAAUUUCUUUUGAAGAGUGGGGCAGAUGUGAAUGCUUCAGAUAAGAAUCGAAGGUAUCAGAUCAGAUCAGUCGCUCAUGAUGAACCCACAAGUUUAGUUACUCUUCUUCUUCAGCAAGAAGUGGACCUAUCUUGCUAAGAUAUUAUGGAUUCACAGCUGAGGAAUAUGUGUCUUUCAAUGGUUUUACUAUGUAAGUGAUAUUGUGUAUCUUUUAACAAUUGUGUGGAAUUUGAGCAUAAGGAAAGAAACAGUAGCCCCAAAGUACAAAGCCCACAGUAGGGGUAAACACAUGAUGAACUCUGGACACAAGCAUCCAGAGAAGCUUGAUUUCCCCAUCAGUAUAAGAACCACAGGUUCUUCUACUGAGGGGAAUAGAGACUUCUCUCUUAAAGGGCACACACAAAAUCUCACACUCUCCAGGACCCAGGGCAGAAGCCGUAACUUGAAAAGAAGCUUAAGUCAGACCAACUGCUGUUCUUGGAGAACCUCCAGGAGAGGCAGGAGGCAAUCAGAGGUCACCUUGGGGACACAGACACUGGGGCAACCAUUUUGGGGAGCUCAUUCUAUCACCUGGACACUGGUGCUGGCAAGCACCAUUUUGGAAUUCUCCCUCUGGCUUAUUAGCC